AUGUUUCAAAAUGGAUCUUUUCUCUCCCAUCUUCCAUCAUAUGUAGCUGGAAGUAAGUUGAUUCAAGACAAAGAGACAUAUGUGAAAUCUGCACUACAAGAGUUUUUAAUCUAUUUAAUUUUUCUGUUGGAUCUAUCUAUAUUGACCUUUGGAAUGGUAAAUUACAAUAUGUAUUUCUUCACCAACAUUAUGUCUAAGCUCUUCCUAGAAUCCACCUCCUUCAUCAAUGAAAUAAACUUUAAGUCAAUAACAAGCAUGGCAAGUUUUUGGGAGUUUGCUGAAGGUCCAUUGUUGGAAAGUCUUUACUGGAAAGAAUGGUACAAUGGCCAACCCUUGCAUCCAGGCCAGAGCUACAUUUUCUAUGAAAAUAUCCUUUUAGGACGCCCUCAAAUCCGACAAUUGAGGGUGCGCAACAAUACAUGCUCUGUUCAUGAAAAUUUUAAGGAUCUGAUUAAAGAUUGUUAUGAUGAAUAUUUUUUUACAACUGAGGAUCAAUCACCAUUUGGUCUUAGAACUGGAUUAGAAUGGCAGUAUCGUGAUCCUAAUCAUGAACUUGAACUGUGGCACUGGGGUAGAAUUGGUACAUACAGCAAUGGUGGUUACAUUAUCGAAUUAGGAAAAAAUAAAGGAGAGAGUGCAAAGAUGAUUAAAUAUCUUAAAUCAAAACUUUGGCUUGACCAUGGUAGUAGAGCUGUCUUCAUCGAUUUUACCGUCUACAAUGCAAAUGUUAACUUGUUUUGCACUGUCAGGCUCUUAGUGGAAUUCCCUGCAUCUGGUGGAGCCAUCACUUCAUCUGAAUUUUACGCAGUCAAACUUCUACGAUACGUUUCUAAAUUUGACUUAUUUUUGGCUGCCUGUGAAAUUAUAUUUUGUUUAUUUAUCUUCAACUAUAUCAUCCAAGAAGGCAUAGAGCUGUACUCCUGUAGGUUCUCAUACUUCAAGAAUUUUUGGAAUUGCUUGGACUUUACAAUUGUUCUGUUUUCUUUACUAGCCAUCUUUUACAACAUCUUUCGUACGAUAAAAGUAAACUUAUUAUUAAAGCAACUUCUGAAGAAUUCUGACUCAUACGCAAACUUCUACUUUUUGGCUUACUGGCAGAACCGGUAUAACAUCAUAAUUGCCUUCACUGUUUUCAUUGCAUGGAUAAAGAUUUUCAAAUAUAUUAGUUUCAAUGUGACUAUGACACAACUAUCAACAACCCUGUCUCGCUGUGCCAAUGCCAUUGUUGGAUUUGCCGUUAUGUUUUUUAUUGUGUUUUUUGGGUAUGCUCAAUUAGGCUACCUUAUUUUUGGGACCCAGGUGGAAAGUUUUCACACUUUUGGCAAUUGCAUUUUUACACAGUUCAGGAUUAUUCUUGGAGAUUUUAAUUUUAGUGAGAUUGAAGAAGCAAACCACAUCCUUGGGCCUAUUUACUUCAUCACAUUUGUAUUCUGCUUAUUCUUUGUUUUGUUGAAUGUGUUUUUGGCCAUCAUUAAUGAUACCUAUUCUGAAGUCAAGGAUGAUAAAACAUUACAAAAAAUAGAUUUUGAUAUUUAUGAUGUGGCCAGAAAGGGUUACAAUAGUCUUCUUAUUAAAUUAAAUCUAAAAAAUCUACGAACCAAAGCUCAUCAAUCGCCUGGCUACAAAGAUGGCGGAGGAAGCCAAACAGCCCUACAGCAUGAUCUUGAGAGGAAUGAAGAUGAAGAGCUUGAUCUUACAGAAUCUAAAAAGAGGAUACAUCAUCGACAAAAGAUUUCAAAUCAAUAUUACUACAGAGAACCUGAGCAAGAGCCCACUAAUCCUCGCAAUCCCAUAAAGAAAUCCGAAAGACGAGUUACUGCUAAAGAAAACUUUCUUAUUAUGCGUAUAAAUCAACUGGAAGAGAGAAUGAAUGAUAUGUCAUCUCAAAUUGACUGGAUUAUGGAGAAGCUUGAGAAGCAAACAUCUGGGCAGAGUGGAAACCAGGCACCAUCCCAUGUUGCAAAGGUCAGAAGAUAA